CACAGUACUAAAUCAGUCUUGCGCCGCGGUUUUUCUCCUUCAGCUCUGCUGUUCUUCUUCUUCUCUUCCGCAGAAAUGGCAACCGGUGGAGCCCCUCCCCAGAGGGGAACUGCAGCAGCUGCAGCAGCUAACCUCCGUCGGAGGAAAACAGCUGGUGGAGGGGCCGGUGGUGGAGCAGGUGGAACUAUGCUACAAUUCUACACGGAUGAUGCUCCUGGACUUAAGAUCUCCCCAAAUGUUGUGCUUGUAAUGAGCAUCGGUUUCAUAGCUUUUGUUGCAGUCCUUCAUGUCAUGGGCAAACUUUACUUUGUUCGCAAGGAGUAGAAACACACUGCCCUCUUGUUUCAGUUGUACUAGAAUUCUGGGAAGUUUCGGUUCCACAAACGAACUUCUUGUUUUAAUUUUAUGAGUGAACUAAAAUAAUCUCACUUUUGCCUUA